AUGCAAAUACCUUCCCGACCCCCAUGCUCAUCUCCAGUUAGACCCGGAAGACAGAAUAAAAUACCGGAGACCCAUGGGAAAGAGUACAAGCUGCUUGUAGCUGUUUGGUACUGGCAGCGUGAUUUCCAGGCCGGCUGUCGCUGGACAGCUUCAUUGGCCUGCCAGCCCGCUGUGGAGCGAAGAUCCGGUUAUCCCACUGCUGGGGACCCCUUGGAGAGCCAGAGAGAGCUUUGCCACAGCUUUGGUGCUCGUGGAUUUAGCAGCGUUUGGGGAGAGCUCUGGUGGGCUCCCCACCGAAAUCGGUGCAAGAUUCGUCCGGCGCUCAAAUUUCACGCCGCCGGAUGGGCCGCGCGCGCCGCAAAGCGGCUUUUUCUGUGCGAGUUCGCUGUGUAUGCGAAGGUAACGCAUUCAUCUAUGCCUGGCGAUGCCUGCUGGAAGAAGGGACUUGGGUGGACUUGCUUGCGGCGAGGCGAAUUUAAUAAAGCGAGAAAAACACAAAGAACGAGAGAAUCAUUUUGCCCAUCUCCCCAAUGGGGUAGCCGGCUCUCUAUUUCGAGCUUUGGCCAGCUUCGCAUUCAGGUCCCUUGUCCCAUGUCCCUCGCUCCCCUCGCCUCGCCUCAACUCAAAGAGCUUGAGGGGCCCCCAGGCGGACGGAUCCAGUCCACCGGGAGUGGACCGUGGCCGUUCCAAAAUGCCGGUUAUCCGCCAAAAGAGCAGGCAAGCAAAGAAGAGCAUGUCGUCUCGCGCGAGGUCACAAGCCUCUCCUGGCUUGCCUAA